AUGGAAGAAAUCGCUAUCGGUAUUCCGAACUAUAUUGCAACGCAGAACCGCCCACAUCAGAAGAUGACCGCAAGAAAAGGAAAGAAAUUUCCGGGGACUCCCUUCAAGGUGACAGUGAACACUGAGGAUGAAAAACUGAUGUCCAAACCGCCUCGAGAUGAUCUGGACUCUAAAGCCACUCUGACGAUCGGAGGAAAGAAAUUUGAAUGUGAUGCAAGUGAUCUCGAACAUCGGAGGUUCCUGGGCCGUGGGGCUUAUGGCGUGGUGGAGGAGAUGAUACACAGACCCAGCAACACUAUCCUUGCUGUGAAGCGGUUGAAUGCGACAGUCAAUAAUCAAGAACAAAAGCGUCUGCUUAUGGAUUUAGACAUCAACAUGAGAAGCGGGUCCUGCGAAUACACAGUUGAAUUUUAUGGAGCUUUGUUUAGGGAGGGUGAUGUUUGGAUAUGCAUGGAAGUCAUGGAUGCCUCACUAGAUCAGUUCUACAAGAAGCUCAAAGCACACGGGGAGAGGAUUCCAGAAAAUGUGAUGGGGAAGAUAGCCAGAUCUGUGGUGAAAGCUUUGCAUUAUCUGCACACAGAGCUGCAUGUGAUCCACAGGGAUGUCAAGCCAUCCAACAUACUCAUCAACAAAGCUGGGGCCGUGAAGAUCUGCGACUUCGGCAUCAGCGGCUAUCUUGUGGAUUCCAUAGCCAGGACCAAAGAUGCAGGCUGUAGGCCUUACAUGGCGCCGGAAAGAAUUAACCCAGACAAUUCUGGCAAUGGUUAUGACAUAAAGUCAGAUGUAUGGAGUUUAGGAAUAACUAUGAUGGAGCUGGCAACUGGAGAAUUCCCUUAUUCCAAGUGGGAGAAUCCAUUUCAGCAGAUUAAACAGGUGGUGCUGGAGGAUUCGCCAAAACUUCCAGCCAAUCAGUUCUCUCCUGAGUUUUGUGACUUCAUAGACAAAUG